UUGUCGAUAGGCGAUCGCGAGGUGGAAAGUGCUUCUGUGGUACGGUAGUUUUUCUUAAAUGUCUCAAUAAAAUAAAAUUGAACCAACGCAAUAAAAUACAGAUUCUGUAGUGAACAUCGGGCGACGGCAUCUUCAUAUUUGCGGCAAUGAUGAACAAAUUGACUUGCGAUACUAUGGAGUGACAAAAUAAAUCUAUAUGUUCGUCUAAUAUAUGUGCUUCGAGGUUUUAUCAAGUGACUAAAUCUUGAUACAAAACAAUCGGCCAGCACAAUAUGUCAGUAGAGUGGGAUAUCAAUGACGCCCACAUACCCUUUGUUCAGGACAUUAGCUACGAUCGAUUUCACGAAUGGGCCGACGGACAUUGUCGCUACGUGUACGUUUCUACCGACGACCAGGCGCGGAAGCACAUAUCCGGUUGGGCAAUGCGGAACACCAACAACCACAAUGUAAGCAUACUGAAGAAAAGUUGCCUCGGUGUUUUAAUCUGCUCGACACGAUGCCGUCUUCCUAACGGAAGCCAAAUACACCUGCGGCCGGCAAUUUGUGAUAAAGCCCGCAGGAAACAACAGGGACGAGCUUGUCCCAAUCGCAACUGCAAAAGCGGUCGCCUUGAAAUAUUGGCCUGUCGGGGCCACUGUGGAUAUCCUGUAACACACUAUUGGCGCCAUACAGAGAAGGCGAUUUUCUUCCAAGCCAAAGGCACCCAUGACCAUCCGAAGCCAGAGUCCAAAACAUCGGGUGAAACUAGGAAACUAGUUGGAUCGUGUGGUAAAAUCAAAUCGAAAAAGUUGUCAGUGCUACUACUGAGGGAUGCAGCGUUGGGAAACAAGCUUCUUCAACUAAAAAAUGGAAGUAAAGCAGCUUCAACCAGCCAACCAUCAGCAGAAAUUCUACAACCUCCCCCUUUGAUUCCAGAUGCAAACCUUGAAAAAUCAAAAUGCCGACAUUGUCUCGAAGCCCAAUGUAGUUGCCAAAUUAUACUUCCUGCCAAAGGCUCGCAGGUUCCAGAAUCGAAUUUUUUCUUCGUGGAUAGUGGCGUCAACUCUUCUCAUGGAACCACGUGGCCAUGCUCCUCAACUGCUUCAAACAAUCACUCGUAUGAAACUGCUACUUGUAUGGGCCCGUCUGACUAUGCUGGUUGUUCUGGGAGUGCUAUUGAAAAUUUCCAACCAGAAGAGAUCUUCCUGCUGGAUCAACCAUUGAGAAACAGUUCGCAGCAAUCGGCCAACAUGAUCGCUCCAGCUACCACACUGCUAGAUCUUGGAAGUGGAGCAAUUUAUAAAAAAUGUAAUCAAAUUGCACCGGAUUAUUUUCUUGGUAGUAGUAGUGGAAACACAUUCACCGAAGCACAUCUAGGACAAACUGUUCCUUGUGGAGGUUCGACAGCUUUCGAUAAAUGUGACGGAUAUACGAACAGACCUGUUACUACGUCGGGAACUCAAGGUUCUGCGAAUUUGUCAUACGCUUCGGAUAUUAACAAAAGUAUCAAAAAAGAAAAUGCGGCAAAGUUUUGCGAUUUAAAUUAUGCUCAACGGAUUCGGUAUGACUGUGAUAACAAACUAAACUGUAGAAAAACUGGAAAAUCCGUCAAUACAAUUUAUACGAACAACAAUAACAACAGCACAUCUUAUCAGUAUGGAAGCCAUCAAGGAAUCUACAAUCCGUGUGACGAUGUCAAUUUCAACUUCCCUAGUGAAUCCGGUACUUACCAACAUCGCUAUAAUUUAAACUACCUAACUAGUAGCGGAUCAAAUCAAUCGGCUCUCGUAUCGACGGCUUUGAUGAAUGAGGAAUGCUACCGAUAUCCCAACAAUGGCUAUUCCAAAACUGGUCUAGGUACCAAUGACCACGUCUCGCAGCAUCAACAAAUAGGCGCAGAAGUGCCCAUUGCGUCGUACGAUUUUUAUUAGCCUUAUUCGUUCGUUUGAGUACAGUAAAAAUAAGAAAACAUAUUUUUCGUAGAGUUAUUUGUGUCAACAAUAUCACACAUAUAUUCUACAAAUUGGAAUAUUAGAUUACAUGUAUUGCAUGUGUUGUAUAUCCAGUAAGAAGCCAACCAAAUGAUCAACGGCAUCAUAAAAAAAUACGCUUGUAACUCGUUCUGUACUACUGUAGGUACUUUGAAAAAAAAACGGUCUGCCUAAACUAAAUUAUUCUUCUACAUCCUAAAUUUUCGUUGCUUGGAAGGUAAUCUUAGAAUUGAUUCUUUCUACUGUAAAUAGCAGCUCAAAUUGAACUACUAAUCAACCCGUACCGCUAGACAGAACUACAGUUUGGUCUUGAUAUUUACUAUGAACAGUCAUUCAUAUUAUUACAUGUUAGAACGAUCAACGGUUCCAUAAUUAUAUUUACGCUAUCUACAUAGAGGGAGAGAAACUAGCUAACAUGUAGUUGAUCAAUAUCAAUCGUAUCAAUAAUUGAAUGAUACGAUGGGUCUCGAUUUUGAAAGAUGAUUUGGAAAAUGUCUUAAGCAAUCGGCAAAAUAUAUUCGUUCAAUAUUUCCAGUCAUUUCAUUUGUUAGUCUCAUAUGAGUCUUCACACAUAUCUAUAGAACAGAGGCUUUUAUCACGAUUUUUAAUAGUUUGUUAUUCUAAACUCACGAUUCGUUCAAGUUAAACUGUAAAGCGAUCAUAUUCGGACAAAUUAGUAGAAGAAAAAAAUUUAAUUCCCCAAAGAAAUGUGGAAUAUGUGAUAUAAAUAAAGGC